AAUUGAUGGAGGGGGCCGAGUUAGGAAGAAGCUGAGUUCCAGAGAGGUAAAACAACGGCUGGCCUUCUAUGGCCCCAACCCAUCGAUUGAUGCUAUCCAGCCCACAUUAGAGGAGGUGAUCACCUUCCUACAAGCAGAGCGGAACAGGGAACUCAAGAUCUGUCUGGAAG